AAACAGCGGUUCGAGGUGAAGAAAUGGACAGCAGUAGCAUUUUGGUCAUGGGAUAUCGUGGUCGACAAUUGUGCAAUUUGCCGUAAUCAUUUAAUGGAACCAUGCAUAGAUUGUCAAGGUAACUUACAGGAUAAGACCGAAGAGUGCAAAGCAGCCUGGGGCCAAUGUAAUCAUGCAUUCCACACACAUUGUAUCACAAGAUGGUUGAAGACCAGACAGGUUUGUCCUUUGGAUAGUACAGAGUGGGUUUUCCAGAAGUUUGGUGCCUGA